CGGCAAUAAUUUUAGCUCGAGUGCUUGACCAACCCUCCAAUAAAGAUUGACUGAUUAGGAUUUUUUAUUGCAAAAUAACAGACAAAGAGGGAGAGAAAGAGCAAGUACAUUUCAGCAUCACCAGAUCACCAGUAGGUCAGUUCAGUACAUAUCCCCAACCCUUAAGGGGGCUCAUUAUUCAUCAGAACAAGAAUCAUCCGCCAAGUGAAGCAGGAAUAAGGAGAGGAACCAAAUCAUCGAUGGCGCACGCGAAAACAGGAACGUCUCUGCCGGUGCCGAACGUGCAGGCGCUCGCGCAGACUUGGAACGGAUCAGGCGAGCAGGUGCCUGAACGGUACGUCCGGACGGAGGAGGUCAGCGCCAAGGAGGUCGUCGCCGGCUGCGCGAUCCCAGUCGUCGAUCUCAGCAGGUUGCUUGACCCGCGGUCGUUUGAAGAGGAGCUCGCGAACCUCGGGUCUGCCUGUCAGCACUGGGGUUUCUUUCAGUUGUUGGUGUCACUCGCAAACGAGAUGCAGCUCAUCAACCAUGGGGUGCCGGAUGAGGCGAUCCAGGACGUGAGGAGAGACAUAGCCGAGUUCUUCAAGCUCCCGCUCGAAGCCAAGAAGGUGUACGCACAAGUACCGGAGUCCGGCCUCGAGGGGUACGGUCAGGCCUUCGUCGUCUCCGAGACGCAAAAGCUGGACUGGUCGGACAUGAUCUACCUCAUGGUCCGUCCCGCGGAGUCACGGGACAUGAGGUUCUGGCCCGCCCAGCCUCCGUCUUUCAGGAGCUCAGUGGAUCGGUACUCGGCCGAGGCGGCCAACGUGGUGUCGUGCUUGCUGCGGUUCAUGGCCGUGGAAAUGGGCGUGGAGCCGGAGCGCCUCCUGGAGAUGUUCGGGGGCCUGCCCCAGGCCAUGAGGGUGAGCUACUACCCAUCGUGCAUGCGGGCCGGCGAGGUGCUCGGCCUGUCGCCGCACACCGACGCGUGCGGCCUGACGCUUCUGCUCCACGUCAACGACGUGCAGGGCCUGCAGGUCAGGAGAGACGAUGGCAGGUGGCUCGCCGUCGACCCUCUCGACGGCGCAUUCUUGGUCAACGUCGGCGAUAUACUGGAGAUCCUAAGCAACGGGAGAUACAGAAGCGUGGAGCACAGGGCCGUGGUACACCCGGACAAAGAGCGCAUCUCGGCGGCGAUGUUCCAUCAGCCGUGCCGCGACACAACGGUCGGCCCUCUGCCGGAGCUCGUGAAAGACGGCGGCGUGGCGCGGUACAAAUCGGUGAGCCACGCGGAUUUCAUGAAGCGCUUCUUCUCGAAGAAGCUCGAUGGACGAAGGAACCACCUCGACUACUACAAGAUUUAGUUGGCUUCCGAUUUCCCAGCAGCGAAAAUGAAAUGUCGGAUGGAUCAACCACACGCAACCCUGUCCUCCGGUUAAUGAUGUGUCGAUUACCUUUGAAAAAUAAAAAAAGAACUUUGUGAUGGAUGCAUGAUAAAAUGAAUGCAAAAAUUGAUUUCAUAA